UGAAGUUACUUUGAUACGACUUCAGAUAUUUGCAAUUCACCAUGGCAUCUGUUUAUAAAACAGUUUCGAAAAAGAAGGCACGCGAACUUGCCAGGCAGCAGGAAGAGGAUGAGGAAGAUCUAGAGAUGGGGGAUUUUCUUGCUGAUGCGGACGAUACCAGCGAUAGUGAAGAGGAGGAGGAGGAGCAGGAGAAUUCUACAGAAUCGGCCAAGAAACAACUUGCUGCGGGAUUUAUGCCCAAAACUCGUGUGCUUAUGCUGACUUCGCGAGGUGUCACAUCCCGUCACCGACACCUGCUCGCGGACCUCUCCUCGUUGCUCCCUCACACUCAUAAGGAAAGCAAGUUGGAUACGAAGAAGAAAACUGCUGGUUACAACCUCCUGCUCAACUCUCUGGCCGACCUACACUCAUGCAACGUAAUUUUCUUCCUCGAGGCCAAGAAGAACGGCCAAGAUUUAUACCUUUGGCUGUCGCGCCCGCCCAAUGGCCCUACAAUCAAGUUUCAUGUUAAUAACCUUCACACAAUGGCCGAACUGAAUGCCGGUUUCAGCGGUAACUGCCUGAAGGGUGGUCGGGGUAUCGUGGUUUUCGAUCAGUCGUUCGAUGAACAAGGUCCGCUCAUGAGCAAGCCAGGAAGUGAGUACCGGGGAUUGAUUCGGGAAAUGCUCCGCGGAGUCUUCUGCGUGCCGAAGCGCGGCGUCAAGGGCAUGAAACCUUUCAUCGAUCGUGUCAUUGGUAUCUUCGGCGUGGAUGGCAAGAUCUGGAUUCGAGUCUACGAAAUCCGAGAGUCGGAGAGUGGAAACAAGACUAAGUCGGAAGGAAAUGAGGAUGGGGCCAAGCCCGCAAUCAAGAGCAAGGAUGGACCGGAGCUGUCUCUUGUCGAAGUCGGUCCCCGUUUCGUCCUGACACCCAUUGUCAUUCUGGAAGGUAGCUUCGGCGGCCCUGUCAUCUAUGAGAACAAGGAGUAUGUGAGCCCGAACCAGGUCCGUCGCGAUAUCCGGGUAGGCAAGGCAGCACGCCACGCCUCGCGGAGGGAUGCACAAACGGACCGUCUUUCGAAACGCUCCGGACUGGGGCUGGGAGAAGGUGAGCGAAAGCCUGGUCCUCUGGACACGCGGACGCUGUUCGGAUGAUCGAUGUUAUGGUCUUGAUUCCUUAAUCAUUUUUGCUUCAUGUGCUCCUAGACUUGAUAUCCUCCAAGGAUGUAUAUGUGAUUAUUUUUAGGGUAUUUUCAUGGUCUUACUAAAGGCGUCUGGUGUGAGAAAUAAUAAAAGUUUCG